GCCGAUCUAUGCACACAGAGAGAGAGAGAGAGAGAGAGAGAGAGCGAGCUGCCAUGAAGAACCUUUCCUUUCCACCUCCCUCCCCAUGGCUUUACUCCUCCAAACUGGUCCCUACCUAAUUUCUCCUUUACAUUCUUCCUUUCCUUUCCACUGCCUUCCCCUCUCUAACCUCUUUCUUCUUUCUACUAAGUACUACCAUCACACACUCUCUCUCUCUCUCUCUCUCUCUCUCUCUCUCUCAGCAUAUGGCAUUGCCGUUAACGGACUUCAAUCAUCCACAAUAAUGGCAAGCUUCCGACCAUUCUUCAACAACUUCAUCUCUCUCCUCCUCCUCCUCCUCGUUCACCUCGGUUGCUUCUUCAUCACGUCCAGUCCCCUCCACCACCACUCAAGGAAACAAAAGGACGACGCAUCUCUCCUCCCUCACUCCUCUCCAUCUCUCAAGCGCAAGACCACCAAAGCUCUCUCCUCCUCUUGGUCCUUCCUCAAACGCAUCAUCGUCUUCACCCACAAGCCCACCGCUACCCGAACCCACCCGAACCCGGAUUCCUCCACCGCCACCACUACUCCACCUCCGUCCUCUUCCCUCGUCUGUCUUUUGUCACCCGACUCUCUCGACUCGGAUCCUCCACUUAAGCGGCCGUUGACCGCGUCCCGACCUGAAUCCGACAUCUCAUCCCACCAACAAUUCUACCCGCUCCGGAACGACAUCUACCCAUGCCCGGCCUGUGGCGAGAUUUUCCUCAAACCCAACCUCCUCGAACACCACCAAACAGUUAAACACGCUGUUUCGGAGCUCCACGACUCGGAUUCGGGUAAGAACAUCGUCCAGAUCAUAUUCAACACGGGCUGGCCCGGUAAGAUCAAAACCCCGAACGUUUUCAGGGUCUUGAAGAUCCACAACAGCCCGAAAAUACUGACCCGGUUCGAGGAGUACAGGGAGAGCGUCAAACUGAAGGCCGCUGUCAGGAGACGCGAUGAGCGGUGCGUGGCCGACGGCAACGAGCUCCUGCGGUUUCAUUGCGCCACGUUCCUGUGCGACCUGGGGCGGAACGGCAGUUCCAGCGUGUGCGGCCAGCAGUACUGCAGCGUGUGCGGGAUCAUAAAGUCGGGGUUCUCGCACAAGGUGGACGGGAUCGCCACGAUGUCCACCAGCUGGAGGGCGCACGCAGCGAUCCCGGAGGAGAUCGAGGAGGAGUUCGGGUUCAUGCACGUGAAGCGGGCGAUGCUCGUGUGCCGGGUGGUCGCCGGCCGGGUCGGGUGCGACGGCGGGUACGUGGAUAAAGAGGACUCCGGGUUCGACUCGGUGGUGGUGGGGAAGGGGCCUGGGACAGAACGCGGCAUCGUGGUCAGAUUGGACGAGGAGGAUGAGCUGUUGGUGUUUAAUCCGAGGGCUGUGCUGCCUUGCUUUGUGAUUGUGUACACGGUUUGAUUGUGAUCGAUCGGUGUGCGGUGUGGCCUAGUAUUAGACAGGUAAAGAAAGGUGUUUCUGGAAGAAUAGCUGGGAAGAUUUGUUUUGUUUUAUGGUGGGGUUUCUCUGUUUGUGCUUUGGAAGGAGGUGCAGUCUUGUUUUGUAAAGCUACUAGUUUUGUUUUUGUUUUCGGUUUGUAUUUUACCUUUAUAUAUUACAUUAUUACUCCUAUGAUGGGAAAAUCUUUAUUUA